AUGGCGAGCAGCGAUUCCCAAACUGAGAUUCACAAUGGUAGGAAGACAAUAAUGGUGAAUAUAAAGUUCAGCGGCCGAUCCAUACCGGUGAAAAUCACCGCAGAUUCCACCGUCAAAGACCUCAAAUCCCUUCUUCAGCCUCUCACCAAUGUCCUCAUUCGCGGCCAAAAACUCAUCUUCAAAGGCAAGGUUCUAUCGGAUGAAUCGACCUUGGAGUCUUCGGGGAUCGCUGGUGGUUCUAAGAUUAUGCUUAUGGCUUCCCAGGGUCUUCAUCAAGGGGAUGGUCCAAUUAAAAAGGAGGCUACUGGAUCGUCCAGUGUGAGGAGGGGGGCUGAAGUUGGGAGGGGAAAGAAGACUGUGGAUUCAGUCGAGAAGAGUCAGCUUGAAAGGUGGAAGGCCACUGGGGUAGUAGCAUUGUCUGAAAGCAAUCUGAAGACCAUACCUGAGGAAGUGUGGACUUGUGGACCUACUGCUAGAGUCCUUGAUUUAAGCAACAAUUCAAUACAAGAUGUUCCGGCUGCAAUUGGCUGUUUAAGUUCAAUACAGAAAUUGCUUCUUAAUGCCAAUUCUAUAUUAGACGAGUCCAUCAGCUGGGAAGGAAUAACAUUGCUCAAGUCUCUUGCAGUUUUAUCACUAAACCAAAAUCAUUUGACGACGUUGCCCUCUUCGCUGGGUGCUUUAAUGUCCCUGAAGCAACUUCAUGCUACGAAUAACAAGUUAACGUAUCUCCCAACUGAAAUUGGAUAUUUGACAAAGCUCGAGGUUUUAAAAGUUCAGAAUAACAGGCUAAGCAGUAUUCCUGCAAGUAUAGGGGGGUGUAUUUCUCUCAUUGAAGUUGAUCUUUCGAGUAAUCUCCUGCUAGAGUUGCCAGAGGAAUUUGGCAAGUUAAAAGAUUUGAAGGCUUUAUAUCUCAGCAACAAUGGCCUCAAGUCCCUUCCCAUCACAUUGUUCAAAAUGUGCGUCCAACUCUCGACACUUGAUCUUCAUGGAACGGAAAUAACAGCGGAUCUUCUCCGCCAAUUUGAAGGGUGGGAGAGUUUUGAUGAGCGUCGUCGUUUAAAGCAUCAGAAACAACUGGAUUCCCGAGUCACUAGCUCUGCUGAAUUUGAUGAAGGUGCUGACAAACGUUGGUAA